AUAACCAUUUCUAAAAUUUGAAUCUCGAUUUCAAUACUCCAUCGCCGAUCUCCAUUUGGAACAAAACCCUAGAUCCUAACCAUGUUCAAACAGUUUCAGGUAAUCCUUCUUCUAGUAUCUCUCGCCGCCCCAAUCCACUGCCGGAACCCCCACCUCAUCAACUUCCGGUGGCCUAACCUCUAUCCGGCCUCCUUCGCUUGGGAUCCCAAAUCCGACCACUUCCUCCUCGGCUCCCUCCGCCACCGCCAGAUCACCUCCGUCUCCGACGCCGGCGUCGUCUCCUCACUCCUCUCCGACGAUUCCCUCCCCCCGGACUCCUUCUUCCUCGCCAUCUCGCUCGAUCCCCGCCACCGCCGCCUCCUCGCCGUCGUCCGCCGCCUCUCCCCUCCCUUCUCCGCCCUAGCCACCUACGACCUCCGCACCCUCCGCCAGCUCUUCCUCACCCCGCUCGACGAUCUCCUCCCCUCCGCCGUCGCCGCCAACGACGUCGCCGCCGAUUACUCCGGCAACGCCUACGUCACCGACUCGGCGAACGGCGUCGUCUUCAAAAUCACCGACCAAGGCGAGGCGUCGAUUCUCUCCAGUUCCGAUCUCUUCAAAUCCGACGCAAUCGCCGUCGACGGCGGUCUCAACGGCGUCGUUUACGACACCAGAGGCUAUCUGUUGGUGACUCAGUCAAACACGGGGAAGCUCUUCAAAGUCCUCACCGAUAACGGAUCGGCGAUGCGCGUGAUUCUGAAUAAGGAUCUGACGGCGGCCGACGGCAUCGCCGUUAGAAGAGACGGCGUCGUUUUGGUGGCGUCGAAGCAUAAGCUGUAUUUCAUCAAGAGCGACGACAGCUGGAGCCAGGGAUCCGUGUUUGACGAAAUUGCCCUCGCUGAGGAGAAACACGUCACCGCUGUGGCCGUUGGGGCGGAUAGUAGGGUAUACGUGUUAUAUGGGAAUGGCGACGAGGGUAUAAUCGGGAAAUCGGAGAGAGAGGAGUUUAGCAUUGUGGAAGUUGAAUCCGAAGCUGAGGGUAAAGAGGAGAAUUUGUGGAUUUUCGUGUUGAUUGGUUUGGGAUUUGCCUAUUUCCUGAUUUGGAGAUUCCAAAUGCGCCAGCUUGUGCACAAUAUGGACAAGAAACAUGCUUGAUUUUUUUGUUUAUUCGUUAAUUUGAAUUGAGUUUUUGUUUU